AUGGUUGAUGAGCAAUUGAAAAUUGGUCCAGUUUCACUUUAUAGCCCAGGACCGAAUCCCAUCGUGAUUGCCGAUGACAUGGAAAAAGGGGGAAGCGACAGUGACAGUCUUCCCUCUUCGCCGACACAUCAUCAUGAAAUCUACAGACGACCUUGGAUACACGAGCCGAGAGCAACAAACUUUUUCGUACGACUCAUAACCAGUUUAUAUGCGCUUAUCAUUACUAUAAUUUCACUGGUGGUGGAAGUUUCACCAACAUGGAGGACGGAUAUGUGGCAAGCUGAGACUAUGUUCUACAUUGCUAUGUAUGGAGUUGGCAUAUUAUUUUUCGCGUAUUGCUAUGUCUUUAUUAUUUAUCCGGGUCCCUAUAACUAUUUGAUCUCAAUCCUAAGAAGGUAUAAGAUAAUCAAAAACUCGGAGGACUGGUUUAUUAUGCAAAGCCAACACAAUGGCGAAGGAGCUGGCACAUUGUAUCUGAGACUUGGAGCACUUUUUUUCGGAAGUGUUGGGAUCGUGCUGUUCGGGUUGGAAUUGUUUCUGUGUAUCGAAAAUGCAACAUGCAAGAAAGUGACUAUCGCUAAGAUGAUUGUUGCUAUUAUUUUCACUUUUAUUCAAAUGCAUUUCAUCUUUUGUAACUCAAAGAUUACCGUAAACAGUUCUCGUAAGAUUGUGGCAUUUGGAAUGAUGCAUUUGAUCUCUGUCAACCUUUGGACUUGGUUUAGAUUUGUUUUGGCAAAACAGGAAGCCAAGGCACACAAAAAAGCAAUGCUCAAACAAACGUUUCGAAAGUACUACUCUUCUUCAUCAUCAUCGUCGUCCUCCGAAGAAAUCCACGAGCUAAUAAGCGCGGUGCUAAACUCGACGAUCAACAACACUCCCGAGACAAAAACGGUUGAGCCAGCGGCGGUCAGCAGAUUGUUUGCUCUUGAGCACUUCGGAGAUGUUGCCACUUUUUUGACCACUUGCAUUGUGGAGUACUCGCUAAUUGGAGCGGCUAUAAUGUUUAUUCUAUGGAAGUCAAUUGGGCAGAACAAUCAUCAUCAGAGCAAUAGUGGAAAGAGAAAAGUUAAAAUGAGGAUUGAUUGCAGCUCAUCUUCCACUGGUCUCUUCGCUGGCAUCAUCUUCCUUAUCGGCUCUCUGGUAUCAAUGGGAAUGUACACCAUCUUUGAAACAUUGAGAAAUAGCUCAGGUGCCCAAUUAGUUUUUGGGAUUGUGGACCUUUCUCUGUUUUCAAUUGCCCUAGGAGCCUGUGUCAUUGGUCUUUGGAGAAUGCGUCUACUCCAAUACCGUCUUCAUGCCCAUGGGGAAGUUAUUGACGAAAUCUUGCUUAUAAUCGGAUUGAUUGGGGAAAUUCUGUACUGCGCUGUUGGAAUAGACGUUUUUAUUACUUGUAGAAGAUCUGCAGACUUGACAGUUAGCGCUCUUCCAGCCUUUGUUUUUGUGAUUCGGAUGAUUCAAGUUGUAGUUCAGGCUGCAUUUAUUUUGACAACAUCCCGACUACGGUGCCUUUCCAAAUACUCCAUCAAAUACAAACCUGGAAAAGAGAUUAUCACUUUCUUACUGGUCUCCAAUGUGACUUUGUUUGUCUUUCACACUUUUGAGGGAAUGAAGUCAAGCUUUGGAUUUUCAAGCAAGGCAGCUACUCAGUAUAACUACAUUAUUUAUGCAGUCGGGCCACUUUUGGUGUUUUAUAGAUUCCACAGCUCCGCUUGUCUCGCAGAAAUAUGGAAGCACACGUAUAGCACAAAAUCCAGCGAAUACGAUCACGAGCACAUAAUGUCGCUCUCUGACAGUAAUUUAACUGCGAUCACUCCGAUUUCGGAUAGUGGGAAAAUCGAGGACGUGCCAUCUCUCGCAGAUCAUUUGAAACACUAA